AAAAAAGUGACAACAACAUAGCAACACUCAUGGAACAAGACAACAAUACUUUUACACAUAAUGAAGAGGUUAUUGAAGACAACACACUUAAUGAAAAGAAAGAAAUACAACUCCCAGCUCUAGCAGAAUGA